AUGAACGCGCAGCUGUCGAUGGAGAGCCUGGGCGAUCUGCACGGCGCGAGCCAUGAGCCGGCAACGGCGGCGGCGGCGGCUGCUCACGCGCGCUCCGCGGCGGGCAUGGCGUCGAUCCUAGAGAGCGGCGACUAUCCUCAUCCUGCCCAUCCGCACCAUCCUCAUCCUCACCAUCCGCACGCUCAUCCGCAUCCUCAUCAGCACCGCCCCCCGGAGCACGCGGGCCUUGCGGGCCACCUGCACGCGGCGAUGAGCGGCGCCAUGGCGUGCGAGGCGACCGCCGGUAUGGGCAUGAGCGGCACGUACACCACGCUCACGCCGCUGCAGCCUUUACCGCCCAUCUCCACCGUGUCCGACAAGUUUCCUCAUCAUCCUCAUCCUCACGCUCAUCCUCACCAAAGGAUCGCGGGCAACGUCAGCGGGAGCUUCACGCUCAUGCGGGACGAGCGCGCGCUGGCCUCCGUCAACAACCUCUACGCGCCUUACCACAAGGACGUGGCGAGCAUGGGCGCCAUCCACGGCUCCCAGCACGCACUGCCCCCACCUCCGCCGCCUCCUCCGCCGCCGCCGCCGCCGCCUUACGCCCAUGACAAGAUGCUCGCGCCCGCCGGAUUCGACUCGCAUCACCCUGCCAUGCACGCGAGCAGCGUCACCUCGUCCACCUCGUCCUCGUCCUCCUCCCCGGCCACCGGCAUGAUGGUGCAAAUCAACGGCAUCCAUCACCAUCACCACCACCACCAGCACCACCACCAUCAUCCCCAUCACCCGCACGCGCACCUGAGCGCGCAAGCGCACCACAACCACCACCACGCGCAGGGAGCUCUUGGAGCGCGCGCAGGCGACCGGGAGCACGCGGCGCCCGUGGAAGAGGUGAACACCAAGGAGGUGGCGCAGAGGAUCACCACGGAGCUGAAGCGCUACAGCAUCCCGCAGGCCAUCUUCGCCCAGCGCGUGCUGUGCCGCUCGCAGGGAACGCUCUCCGACCUGCUGCGGAACCCCAAACCCUGGAGCAAGCUCAAGUCCGGCCGGGAGACCUUCCGCCGCAUGUGGAAGUGGCUCCAGGAGCCCGAGUUCCAGAGGAUGUCCGCGCUGCGCCUCGCAGCGUGCAAAAGGAAGGAGCAGGAACACGGCAAAAAUGAGCGCGGAAACGUCUCGAAGAAACCGCGACUCGUUUUUACCGACGUUCAGCGUCGAACUUUACAUGCAAUAUUCAAAGAGAACAAGCGCCCGUCCAAAGAGUUACAAAUCACCAUCUCUCAGCAGCUGGGCCUGGAGCUCGCCACCGUCAGCAACUUCUUCAUGAACGCUCGCCGGCGGAGUCUCGAUAAGUGGCUGGAUGAUGGAGGCUCCAACUCAGCCAACUCAUCCUCCAGUACUUGUACCAAAGCAUAA